AUGAGCGCUACUGUGACCAUCACCAGCCCACCUGAGAUCACGGCGGAGAAUGUUGCCAUUCUUUUCCCCGAGGUUGACACCUCACUAGCCCGGGAUGUCCUUCCCACCGCCGCUGGCAAUACUGCGCAACCGGGUUCUGAGCUUGAGGGCUACGAUGAGGAACAGGUUCGCCUCAUGGACGAAGUUUGCAUUGUUCUGGACAACGAUGACCGUCCGAUUGGCAGCGCCAGCAAGAAGGCCUGCCAUCUGAUGACCAACAUCGACAAGGGUCUUCUUCACCGUGCCUUUUCCGUCUUCUUGUUCGACUCCAACAACCGCCUUCUGCUCCAACAGCGCGCCACCGAGAAGAUCACGUUCCCUGAUAUGUGGACCAACACUUGCUGCUCGCACCCAUUGGGCAUUCCCGGUGAGACUGGUGCCGAGCUUGAUGCUGCCGUCUUGGGGGUGAAGCGGGCCGCGCAGCGGAAGCUGCACCACGAACUCGGCAUCAAGGCCGAGCAGGUGCCAUUGGACAAAUUUGAGUUCUUCACUCGGAUUCACUACAAGGCCCCCAGCGAUGGCAAGUGGGGAGAGCAUGAGGUCGACUAUAUCCUCUUCAUCCAGGCAGAUGUUGACCUAGAGCCCAGCCCGAACGAGGUGCGGGAUACCAAAUACGUUUCGGCCGAUGAGCUAAAGGCCAUGUUCGAGCAGCCCGGUCUGACGUUCACGCCUUGGUUCAAGCUGAUCUGCAACUCCAUGCUGUUUGAGUGGUGGAGCCACUUGGGCACCCCUGCCCUGGACAAGUACAAGGGCGAGACCCAAAUCCGCCGGAUGUGA